AUGCCAUCAGCAUGCUUGUAUCCUUUCUCUUGCUCUCCUUGCAUGCUUUUAUCCUCUCUCUUGCUCUCCUUGCAUGCAUCCCUCCAUUGCAACACCCAUCGUCCCUCCCGUCCCAUACCCCAUGUUUUUCUGAUUCUGCUCUCCUUUGCUGCUCUGCUUCUGCCCACAUCUGCUUCUGCCCACAUCUGCUGCUCUUGGCCCGUGCGUGCUGCAGGAUUGCACAGGGAGAGGACACAGGGGAAAGCACUCCUCCUUAACCGUGCCCGUCCUCUCCCAUUCCCCACCACCGCAUGCAUGGCAGGGUGCUCAGCUACUAGGAGGCACGGCCAUAUCGGGCCACGUGCCGCGCUUCCUCGCCGCCCUCACUCGCCUCUCCACCCUGUGCGCCCCUGCCCCCUUUUCCGCCCCUGCCCCCUUUUCCGCCCCUGCCCCCUUUUCCUCCCCUGCCCCCUUUUCCUCCCCUGCCCCCUUUUCCUCCCCUGCCCCCUUUUCCUCCCCUGCCCCCGUUUCCUCCCCUGCCCCCUUUUCCUCCCUUGCCCCCUUUUCCUCCCCUGCCCCCUUUUCCUCCCCUGCCCCCUUUUCCUCCCCUGCCCCCUUUUCCUCCCCUGCCCUCUUUUCCUCCCCUUCCCAACCUCUGCGCCGCCCUCCGCCCUCUCCUGCCCAUCCUGCGGGUGUGGCGUCCACCUCCUGCCUGCCAUGUCCGUGCCUUUCAACAACCCACUCAAUGCCCUCCCAUGCUUCUUGUCUCCCUCGCCUCACUUCACUCUCACCUUCCGCUGGUCUGGUUGGUCUCUGCCGCCCCUCCUCCUUGCUCCCCUUUGUCUCACUUUCCCGCCCGCAUUCCACUCAGUGAAUUGUCUGAUACGAAGCUUCAAGGAACCAUCCCUGCUGCUUUUGGAGCUCUCACGAAUCUUUACUCCUUUCAGGUUCCUAGCACCGUGCUUUGCCCAGCAGAGGUCUAAUGCUUGCUUACUAAAACCUGCCCACCCAUCCCCUAUCCCAUCGGCCACCCAUCCAUCACCCCACCCCCUCAUCCCAUCCCCGAAUCUGGGGUAUGCGGUGGGGUAUGUGGUGGGGCAUGCAGUGGGGUAUGUGGAGGGGCAUGUGGAGGGGCAUGUGGAGGGGCAUGUGGAGGGGCAUGUGGAGGGGCAUGUGGAGGGGCAUGUGGAGGGGCAUGUGAUUCUACCUGCAACCAUGCCCAAGCACAACCCCCCCUGCCCGCACAUUCCCCUUGCUGACGUCAUCAGGGCCACCAAUGGGUGGGCAGCGGGGCGGAGGGUGGGGGGAGGCAGGUGGAGUGACGUGUACUGGGGGGAAUGGGGGGAGUGGGGGGAGGAAGGGGAGGGGGAAAAGGGUGCGGACGGGGCCAAGGGGGAGAAGGAUGAUGCGACUGGAACAGAAGGAGAAGGGAAGCCGGAAGGGGGAGAGGUGGGGAAAGGGUGGGAGAGAAAGCAGGGGGUGCGUGCAGGGAGGGGGAGGGUGCGGGGGCGGGGGGGCGAGUGGGCAGUGAAGCGCAUGAGAGGAGAGGGGGCGCAGUGGGCGUCAAUGGAGGCCCACGCGGCUGCCUUGGCGCGCCUGAGACACCCCAACGUGCUCCGCCUCGUGGGGUGCUGCUGCUGGCCGGGUGAGGGUGACAGCGAGAGGCUGCACGAUGCAGGGCAGGGGGGUGUGCGGGAGGAGGGCGUGCAGGAGGGGCGGAAUGGGGGAGAGGGAGGGGGCGGGCAGGGGGGGUGGGGGAGGGCAGGUGUUGGUGUACGAAUGGAUGGAGAGGGGCAGCGUGCAGGCGCUGCUGCAAACAGGUGCGUGCUCACAGUGACAGCCGCACAGGCAGGCGUCAGCCCGGUGUCGCUGCGGCAGCGGGUGGGCAUCACAGCGGGCGUGCUGAGGGCGCUCAAGGCGGUGCAGAGCCACGGGCGGGUGCACGGCGACCUCAAGCCCUCCAACGUCAUGCUCUCUGCCGCCUGGGAGGCACGGGUGGGCGACUGGAGUGCGGUGCGCAUGGGGCAGCGCGUGCACGUGGACAUGGGCAUGGGCAACGGCAACGACAAAGGCCUGGGCGGGUGUCCGGAAGGCAUCACAGCGCACGACUCACAUGGCAGGCAUCAGAGCGCACGACUCACAUGGCAGGCAUCACAGCGCACGACUCACAUGGCAGGCAUCACAGCGCACGACUCACAUGGCAGGCAUCACAGCGCACGACUCACAUGGCAGGCAUCACAGCGCACGACUCACAUGGCAGGCAUCACAGCGCACGACUCACAUGGCAGGCAUCACAGCGCACUACUCACAUGGCAGGCAUCACAGCGCACGACUCACAUGGCAGGCAUCACAGCGCACGACUCACAUGGCAGGCAUCACAGCGCACGACUCACAUGGCAGGCAUCACAGCGCACGACUCACAUGGCAGGCAUCACAGCGCACGACUCCCAUGGCAGGCAUCACAGCGCACGACUCACAUGGCAGGCAUCACAGCGCACGACUCACAUGGCAGGCAUCACAGCGCACGACUCACAUGGUAGGCAUCACAACGCACGACUCACAUGGCAGGCAUCACAGCGCACGACUCACAUGGCAGGCAUCACAGCGCACGACUCACAUGGCAGGCAUCAGAGCGCACGACUCACAUGGCAGGCAUCACAGCGCACGACUCACAUGGCAGGCAUCACAGCGCACGACUCACAUGGCAGGCAUCACAGCGCACGACUCACAUGGCAGGCAUCACAGCGCACGACUCACAUGGCAGGCAUCACAGCGCCCGACUCACAUGGCAGGCAUCACAGCGCACGACUCACAUGGCAGGCAUCACAGCGCACGACUCACAUGGCAGGCAUCACAGCGCACGACUCACAUGGCAGGCAUCACAGCGCACGACUCACAUGGCAGGCAUCACAGCGCACGACUCACAUGGCAGGCAUCACAGCGCACGACUCACAUGGCAGGCAUCACAGCGCACGACUCACAUGGCAGGCAUCACAGCGCACGACUCACAUGGCAGGCAUCACAGCGCACGACUCACAUGGCAGGCAUCACAGCGCACGACUCACAUGGCAGGCAUCACAGCGCACGACUCACAUGGCAGGCAUCACAGCGCACGACUCACAUGGCAGGCAUCACAGCGCACGACUCACAUGGCAGGCAUCACAGCGCACGACUCACAUGGCAGGCAUCACAGCGCACGACUCACAUGGCAGGCAUCACAGCGCACGACUCACAUGGCAGGCAUCACAGCGCACGACUCACAUGGCAGGCAUCACAGCGCACGACUCACAUGGCAGGCAUCACAGCGCACGACUCACAUGGCAGGCAUCACAGCGCACGACUCACAUGGGACACCUGAGUGUCGUACUCACACUGCGCUGCUCCUCCAUCCCCAUCCCUACUCUUCCCAUCCAUCCUCCUGAAACACCUUCCCCUUUCCUUCUUCCCCUGCCCGCCGAUCCCUCUUCUCGUCCCCUCUGCCCCCACUCUCAGGCCCAGCAGCAUGUGACAGCUGGCAACCUCUCCCCUCUCCUCGACCCCCUCCUGCCACACCCUCCACCCCCUCACUCCCUCCUUCUCCCUCUCUUCCACCUCGCCCUCUCCUGCACCUCUCCCUCCCCCUCCCUCCGCCCCACUCCCUCCGCGGCCCUCCGCUCUCUGAAGCUCCUUCACGCCUCCCUGCUGCAGGGGAGUGAUAGGGGACGAAGGAGGGAGAGAAGAAUGAGUCGAGGGGAGAGUGAGGGGAGGCAGAGCAGGGGGCGAUGGAGCGGGAUGUUCUGGGGAAGUGGCGCAGAGAGAGGGGAGGUGCAAGACACUGGCGGUGCGUUAGGCGCACAGCUGGCUAUGCUGGGUGUGGUGGACAGUAGGGAGUUUGUGGUGUAG